AUGCGCGGCUCCGCGGACGCCGUCGCGGUUGCUCGAGACGUGGCCUCUUCGAGCCCGUCGAAGCCCGCGUCGGCAUUGGACAUGAUGAGAUACCCGAGGCCGAGCUCAGACGGCCUCCCGCUGCCCAAUGGCAUCGGCACCGGCACCGGCACCGGCAGCAGCGGCGCGAGCAAGAAGCCUGCAACGCCUGCGCCGGCGCCGGCGCCGCUGGCCCCCAGAUCGAGCAAGGAUGACGUGGCGCCGCCGGCCGUCGCCACCGACAGCUCCCGCCUCGCGGCGUUCCUGGCCACGACGUCGCUCGAGCCCAAGCCGCGCGCUCGCGCGCCGCCGGCGCAGGCCGCGCCUACCUCGGCGCCCACCACCGCCGCCGUCGCCGUGGUGACCAAGAGCCCCGCGCGUGACCACGGCCACGGCAACGGCAACGGCAACGGCCAGCACCCCUCCUCCGACCACUCCGACCCCGCCUCGCCUCGCUCCACCGGAGCCGGCGAACUGCUGCUCCAGUGGGGACAGAACAAGCGCAUGCGGUGCCGCCGCGACUCCGCGUCCGCGUCGCCGCAGCGCGGGCAGGCGGGCGGCGGCAAGAUCCAGCGCCGCUCGUCGUCCCCGGCGGCGGACAAGCUGAUGCCGCCCCCGAGCGCGGCGCCCUACACCCGCGCGUCCAACCUCCGCUCCGCCUCUCCUCUCCAUCCGCGCUCGCGCUCCGGCUCCGGUUCCUCUGGCGGCGCCAGCGACGCGCACCACCCCCGCCCCCACCCCUCCAGAUCGGCGGAGGACCGUGGUGCUGGUGCCGCGGGGAGGUUCUCGGCGGCGGCAAGGGCCGAGAAGCAGCGUGCGGUGUCGCCGCACAAGGUGGGCCCGGGCUCCGUGAUGGGCCUGGGCGUCCCGGACCCGAAGCCGCAGCAGCAGUACAACCACAACCAGGGGGGCAGCGGCAGCGGCAGUGGCCAUCAGCACCAGCAGGCCGGCGCAGCGGCGGCGGCGUCGACGAAGCCGGCGCCGAAGCUGGAGGUGCCGCGGAUCUACACCACGCUGUCCCGGAAGGAGAAGGAGGAUGACUUCAUGGCCAUGAAGGGCACCAAGCUACCGCAGCGCCCCAAGCGGCGGCCCAAGAACGUCGAGAAGACCAUCAAUGCGAUCUGCCCCGGGAUGUGGCUGACGGAUGUGACCAGGAGCAGGUACGAGGUGCGCGAGAAGAAGUGCCCGAAGAAGGAAUUGGAUACGAGUCAGCAGCAGGGGCAUACUACGUGGGUGGUGGGACCCCGUGAUAAGACGCAGAGGAGGAUAGGGUGGAUAUGGGGUCUGGAAAUGGAAUAA